CCCUAAUCAUCAUCUCUCCUCAUUCCCUUGAUCCUCGCCGACUUUUGCUGUGCUCUUACCUUACCUUAGUUCCUAAGCCUACCGCCGACGCUUCCCAGUCGUCCACCUUCAUCGGCCGAGAGCCGUCCACUGUCCAGCCUCCAGUCUUUCCCGCCAUGUCUACAUCCAUCGGAGCCAAGGCAGGGUUUUCCAGAUGCUUACCUGAUUGGAAUAAAUCAUUGGCUGAGGUUCCACCCGCACCCAAGUUGUCAUCUUGCAGGCCAGUCUUCAAUUAUGGUUUGAAAAGGCUUCCUGCUCUCUCUAUGGAUUUUGGGAGAGCUGGUUCUAGUAGAACAUCAAAGACUGGGGUGAUUGUUCACAUGUCAACUGGUGUAAGUGAAACUGCUGGUCUGACUUACAAGGAUGCUGGAGUUGAUAUAGAUGCAGGUUCUGAACUGGUGAGAAGAAUUGCAAAAAUGGCACCAGGAAUUGGUGGCUUUGGAGGACUUUUCCCUCUGGGUGAUUCUUAUCUUGUAGCCGGUACAGAUGGUGUGGGAACAAAGCUUAAGCUGGCAUUUGAAUCUGGAAUUCAUGAUACUAUUGGGAUUGAUCUGGUUGCAAUGAGUGUCAAUGACAUUGUUACUUCUGGAGCAAAGCCUUUGUUUUUCCUUGAUUACUUUGCCACAAGCCAUCUUGAUGUUGAUCUUGCUGAAAAGGUUAUAAGAGGAAUUGUUGAUGGUUGCCAACAAUCUGAUUGCACUCUUUUGGGAGGAGAGACUGCAGAGAUGCCGGGCUUCUAUGCAGAUGGCGAGUACGAUCUAAGUGGCUUUGCUGUUGGUAUAGUUAAGAAGGAGGCUGUCAUUGAUGGAAAAAACAUUACAGCUGGUGAUGUUCUCAUCGGGCUGCCAUCUAGUGGGGUUCAUUCUAAUGGUUAUUCACUUGUUAGAAGAGUUUUGGAUCAAAGUGGACUUUCCCUAAAAGAUGAACUUCCAGGUGAAAACAUUACAUUAGGUCAAGCUCUUAUGGCUCCUACUGUUAUUUACGUGAAACAGGUACUUGACAUUAUAAGCCAAGGAGGUGUUAAAGGAAUAGCUCACAUAACGGGUGGUGGAUUUACAGAUAACAUUCCUAGGGUUUUUCCAAAAGGGCUUGGUGCACUUAUUUACAAGAACUCCUGGGUAAUCCCUCCUGUCUUCAAAUGGAUUCAAAAGGUGGGAAGAAUUGACGACGAUGAAAUGUUGAGAACUUUCAAUAAUGGAAUUGGGAUGGUUCUUGUGUUGAGCAGAGAAGCGGCGGAGAGCAUACCGAAAUCUGCUUAUCGAAUUGGUGAAGUAGUAGUUGGUGAUGGUGUGACUUAUAAGAUAAUAUGAAGUUAUUUAUUUAUGAGAAUUUGAGUGUACAGAUUUCCAGAAAGUAUGGCUAUUAUUAAAUGAGGUUUGUAUUUUGAA